UAACUAUAUUUUUUUACGUUUUUCGACGCUGUUAGCAUCUCGCUCGGUAGCACGCUUCGGCGUGUGAUGGCCUUGUUUAAGAUUUCAUGGCGUAUAAUAUAUUUUGAGGUUCGAGUGGCUAUAUUGUAAUGUUGCUAUAAUCUGUGACGUGUCGUGUCAUGAAUGUCGGUCAGUCGCAGAACUUCUAGGUAGAUUAGACUGAACUCACUUCCAAUACUGAAACAUCAUCGAUUAUAAGACUGACGGAAAAGCAAUUUGUACAAAUACGAUGAGUGUCUGUUUUCUUUGUGAUAGAAAAUUGUACGGUGAACGUACACGGGUGUGUUCAAGCAUUACACCACAUAGCUAUGUAUCAUACCCAGAAAAAAUUGCUCAGCUUAUUGGAGAUGAAGUUGUGGUUAUUGUCACUCCUGCGGAUCACAUGUGCAAGAAUUGUACAUCACUUUUGACUCAUAUGGACAAGUUGGAAAAUGAUCUGAAACUUGUUAAAAAUGCAAUGUUGUCAUAUAUACAAAAGAAAUAUGGAAUAUUGCCUCCUGAUCAGGUUUUUAAGGGUGUUGAGAUUGACAAUGGAUACUCAAAGGCAGAGAAACAAAUAGAAAAAGAUCAGCAUACAGUACCUAGUGGUCUGACUACUGCUGCCGUAGUUACUCCAGUCCAAACUCCAUUAAAAUCGUUAAAAACACAACAGCAGCAUCAGAAACAUCAACAACAACUACCAGCAACACAACAAGAAAGCGCUAAAAAAACGAAAAUAUACAAAUGUGGCUUUUGUACAUUCCAAUCGAAAGUGCUUGGUCAUGUUCAAUUCCACAUGGGCACUCAUACGAACAAAAAGGAGCCUGAAAAACCUAUAUUUAAUCAAGCAAUGGCUAAAGCAUUAACUCCGGUACCACAACAGAAGAAACAAAUUUUUAGAUGUCAAGUAUGUUCUAAAUCAUUUGAUAGUCGAAAUAAUUGCCUUGAUCACAUUUGGAAAGACCAUAAUCAGACCACUCCAUCAACCUCAAAUGGAGAAACAGAAACAGAAGAUUUUCGUCCGAUUACAACCAAUGUUAUGAAACUGGAACCAUCCAAGACUCAAGAAAAUAAUCAGCAAGCUGAAGCGCCUCUGGACGUAGACCCAGAACAGGAUAACAAUAAAGGCACUGUCGACACGGAUAUGAUAUUGAAUGACAAUAUCCCCACUGAAGGAUCUGCAAAUGUUGAACAAGAAGAAGGAACAGAAAAUGCAGGCAAAGGAGAAGAAACUGAAAUCUCUCAAGAAGAUAAGACUGUAACAGUAGUCAAAUCGAAAAAAAAACCUGAGCAUGCACAAAAAAACUCAGUUGAAAAAGAUACAGCCUUGCCUGAACAGGAAGUAACUGACCGAGAAACACCAGACAGUGUUGAGAUAGAAGUUGAUGAAGACAAUGCAAAUGUGGAAAACAAAACGGAAUAUUUGAACAUAGAAUCAAUGUUAGCGGCAAUUCAUAACGAUAACCCUAAUAACAGUGGGGAUACACAAAACAAAGAUUAAAAUUUAUACAACUUAUUUAAAAGUAAGUUAUCAAUUUAAUACUUAUAAGUUCCAGUUUCAUAAUUUAAAAAUAAUUUUUCAUUAAGUUUUUUUUUUAAUAAC